CCAGACACAUCGCCUCCCUCCUCACUACACUCGCUGCCGGCCCCUGAUUGGUCAGACUCUGGGGGAGAAAUAUAAACAAACAGAACCAGGCGACUCCAGACACAUAGGCAAUCGGAACCGACAGACCCAGUUCUGUAACCGAACCCUUUGGAAUUGACUGUACGAGUAGCAGUGAGAGCAACAGCCCCACGCUGAUUUCAGAGGCAGCUUCAGCACCAGCAGCGGACAGCUCCAGACGUGAGAGCCCGGCACGUAGUCUAUGGCAGCGGGUCUGUGACCCCCCUGAGCGAGUACAUCAUCUGGCUGAGCACCGGCUAAUUCCAAUGGCUGGGUAGUUGCCAGGAGCCUAUUAUAGUGCACAAUAUGGGCGGCCGACUGAGCAGACAGAGUAGCCUGGAGGAUGAGACAGACGAAGCUGUGGAUUCGGGGGGCCCAAGGGCGGACGCUUCCAGGGUGGAGUUUGCCCUCACGUCUCUGAUGCUGAGUUCAGAGCGCAUCCCCGGGGUGCUAAGGAGAAACAAGCCGGCUCCCUAUAUGCGCAGAUCCGCCUGGAUCCGAGACAUCCAAGCGCUACUCCGAGACCACAAGCUGCAACAAGCCGUGCAGGUCCUGAAACUGCUCCGCAAGGACCUGGGCCUGGAGGGGACAUUCCUCAAUGACAUCCUCUAUAGACACUCCACCUUUCUCAACCUGGUGGAUCCCAUCUCCCAUGAGCUGCUGCUCAGCCUUGCCAGAGAACUACAGUGUCCUAGAAAGGAACAUGACACAAUGAAAUCCACAGAUCGCAUUUGUCGCCAACUUAUCUACCACCUGACACCUCACUCCAAGUGGCAUCGGCAUAGCCUGCCUCAGAGAAAAAGCCUGACAAGCCUGAAGAACAGCCUACUGCAGAAACUGAGCACUGACACUCUGGAUCUCUCUGGAAUCCCUCUUUCACCCCGUGAUGCACAGCGUAUUGCUCACUACUUGCAGAGUCAUGGAGACCACCUCACCAGUAUAGAUCUGAGCUUUACUGACCUAACUGAUGGCACUUUAUGCCUCGUACUACCAGCUCUUUCAGCUUUGCCCAAUCUUACGCACCUUGCACUCAAUGGGAAUCGACUGACUUGCAACACCCUAAAGGAGCUCAGUGAAGCCAUGAAGGAUAGUGUCAACUUCCUCUGCUUGAGCUGGGUGGAUUUGGGCAAUAAUGUAGAUAUCUUCUCCAUGCCCCAGCCUCUGCUUCUUGGUUUAAGGCGACGUUUGUGCCAGCAGAAUCUUCUUCCCACAAUUCCUGAGGCUCAAGAUGGUGACAUUUCCGAGGGGGGCAUUCCUGUGUCUUUUCCAGAGCUGCAUUGGGACAGAUGACAUCUCUAAAUGCAGUGAUCAUGAAGACUACAAAUGACCCCACAUACUGUCCCGCCUCUUAAUGAAUCAGAGAGUGGGUCCCACUUGUAUUAGUGGUUCUCUGUGACCAGUUACAGAGGAGGAGAACUGGAUACAAAUUGCCCACAUCCCCACUCAUUUUCACCACCCAGCAAGAGUAGUAGAGCAGCACAUAACAUUUCCACACCAGCCUUAUCACUGUGUGUCCUGCUGCUUAUUCCCUUAAUAAAAGGAGCCAGGAAUCAGUCAGAACUGCAUUGUCAGGAAAAUUUGGAACUGGGUGGCAUUUGCUGUCCAACAUUGUAAUAUUGUGGGUGAAGCAAUCACCAGUACCCACUCCUAACUUCUAUACAUGUAGUAUGAAUGUUUGGCUGGGUGCAGCAGAGCUACUGGCUCGCAAGUUUUUCAGUAUAUUGGUAGGAUAUGUGUUUGGCUUUUCCAUGUUAACUAACGCAGUGUGACAAUUAACUGUGCAAAUAUCAAAGGCUUCUAAGGACAAUAUAUGAUUUAUUACAAAUCUACCUAAAACUUGUAUUCUGUUCAGCAAAAUCAGAGUUACCGUUGUUGGAAAUUGUUGAAAUUAGUAAAGCCAUAUUUCUGCAUUGCAGAUCCGCACACACACGCAUACACUUGUUCUGUUAAAUAUUGGGAGAGCCCAACAUUUUUGGAUGUAUAGGUAUAUUCUGUAUUUUUUGUCUGAGACCUCCCUUUUUGUCUGAAUGGUUUUUUUGUGUAGAAUAUCAAUGCUAUCAUACUCAGUGCACAGUCACAAGAUAGAAAGUAAAACAAAUGCUUACGUACUUACACAGCUAUUUAAAGGGCACUACCAUCAUAAAAGAAAUAUUCUGUACCAUGGGGUUACUAUUGGCAUCUUUUAUGAAUAUUAAACUAAAAUGUAAUCAUAUUUGCUGUUAAUCAUGGAACUUUGUUGAAAAACCAGCUGAUGAAACACAAAGGUUUAAUACUUUCCCAAAAAAGCUCAAGCCAUACUGUGAGCAGGAGUUGCUUUCUAUCUAUCUAUCUAUCUAUCUAUCUAUCUAUCUGUCUGUCUGUCUGUCUGUCUGUCUGUCUGUCUGUCUGUCUGUCUGUCUGUCUGUCUGUCUGUCUGUCUGUCUGCCUGUCUGUCUGUCUGUCUGUCUGUCUAUCUAUCUAUCUAUCUAUCAAUCUAUCAAUGUAUGUGUAAUUUGCAUUAAAGAUUUGCCAUAUGAAAUGGUAGGUCUGUCAGAAGCUAUCACUGCAUUCUGUGUUUUCAUCCAACAAGAUCAUGUCUGACUUUUGUUGUCAUUGAAGUAAAGAGAUUUGGUCUGCUUAGUCCUUCAUUUGCUCUGUAUCAUAUUUGUAUGGAUAGUCAUUAUAGUGAUCAAUCAGUGGUAACAAAAAAGUAAAUACUAUAAACUAUUA